ACAACAUAACGCCGCGGAGAAUGGAAACCAAACCGGGGCCGCUGAAGCGGUACAUCUGCUCGUUCUCCGGCUGCCUGGCGGCGUACAACAAACAGUGGAAGCUCGACGCGCACUUGUGUAAACACACGGGCACGAAGCCCUUCGCGUGCGCGCGCGACGGCUGCGGAAAGUCCUUCUGCAGCGCGUACCACGUGGCGCGUCACGAGCUCACCCACAGCGGCGAGAGGCCCUUCCGGUGCGCGGAGGACGGCUGCGACGAGGCCUUCUCCACCAACGCGAACCGCGCCAGGCACGCGGCCCGCGUGCACGCGCGCGAGCCCAAGAGGUACGCCUGCAAGUUCGAGGGCUGCGGCCUCGAGUUCAAGAAGAACAACCAGCUCAAGUCCCACGUGUGCGAGCAGCACGCCCAGCUGGCGCCGUACCCGUGCGCCCACGAGGGCUGCGGGAUGCGGUUCUCGGUCCCCAGCAAGCUGAAGCGGCACGAGAAGGUGCACCGAGGGUACCCGUGCACGGACGAGGGCUGCGGGUUCACGGGCAAGACCUGGACGGAGUACCUGAAUCACAGGAAGGAGCGGCACCGGCUCGCCCUGAAGUGCGACCAGUGCAACAAGGUGUUCAGAGACUCCUGGUUCCUGCAGCAGCACCGGCGCGUCCACACCGAGACGCGCGUGGUCUUCCGGUGCCCGAGGGACGGCUGCGACCGGUCCUUCACCACGGUGUUCAACCUGCAGAGCCACGUGGGCUCCUUCCACGAGGAGCUGCGGCCGUUCCCCUGCGCCCACGCCGGCUGCGGGAAGAGCUUCACCAUGAAGCAGAGCCUCCGGCGCCACAGCGUCGCCCACGACCCGGAGAGGAGGAGGCUCGGCAGGCCCGGGCCCAAGAGGUCGCUGGCCUCCAGGCUCAGCGGAUUCGGCGACCGGGGCAGCGAGGCGGCCGAGAAGCGGCGGCGGCGGCGGCGGCCGGGACCCCCGAAGGAGUCCGCGGGGGAGGAGACCGACCCGCCGGGUUCCGUCGAGCUGGUGUCCCUCCUGCAGGACACGUCCUUGCUGGGGGGUCCUGCUGUGGACCCGCAGGGACUCAACGAGGCCCUGAAGGCACCUCUGACUGUGUAAAAGAAAUGGAAUGGAUCCGUCGUCCUGAGGACUCUCAAUACGAGCUUCUGUGAGGGGGUCGGAGGUCUUGGGGGUCGGAGGUCUUGGGGGGGUCACAUACAUUUAGUUCCGGGUUCCUAGUUUUCUGAAAGUGAAGCCAAAGGAGAGUUUCUGGUUCUGGAACCAGAUCUUGUUUUUCUGUCCAUUUUUCCCUUUUGUUUGUUCUGUGGAGCCCUUUUUUAAAUCUAUUUGUGUAAUUUGUAUCUUCUAAAAGACGCACCUGUCCAUCUUGUGAAGUUACUCUAUAUAUAUAUAUAUAUAUAUAUAUAUAUUAAAAAAAUACGUCUCAGGAAAUUGCGCAACAACGCAGUGUUUUAUUAAAUAAAACCUUGUUGGAUGUA